AUGGAAAAACAAAAACGUAAAGCUCUAACCUUAAAGGACAAGUAUGAUAUUAUACAAAAAAUACAAAGUGGUGUUAAACAACGCGAUGUUAGCCAGGAAAUGAACUUGAUAAAAUCCACUGUUUCUAUGAUAUGGAAGCAAAGAGAAGCCAUUUUAUCAGCGUAUGGUCAGGGAAAUUCUACGUGUAAAAAAAUGAGAAAAUCAAAGCACCAUGAAAUGGAUCAAGGGCUUCUUAAGUGGUUUACACAAAAAAGACAAGAAAACGUUCCUGUAAGUGGUAUUAUUCUACAAGAAAAAGCUAAUGAAAUGGGUAGUAAAAUCGAAAACAAAGACUUCAAGUGUUCUAAAAGUUGGAUUGAACGUUUUAAAAGAAGACAUAAUAUCCGAACAGGAAAAAUUGUGGGUGAGUCUGCAGCAGUAGAUUUGAAUGUUGUUAAUGACUGGUUAACUAAUGUUUGGCCUCAUAUUCGGAAAAACUAUGACAGUGAAGACAUUUUUAACGCUGAUGAGACAGGGCUCUUUUAUCAAAUGACUCCUGAUAAGACUUUAAAAUUUGUGGGAGAAAGUUGUGCUGGAGGAAAGUUAUCUAAAUUGAGGAUUACAGUUUUAGUAGCUGCCAAUAUGUCUGGAACAGAAAAAAGGAAAUUGUUGGUUAUAGGCAAAUCUGCCAAUCCUAGAUGUUUCAAAAAUAAACAAUUGCCCGUAAAAUACAAAUCAAACCGUAACGCGUGGAUGACCUCUGAAAUUUUCACAAAUGAACUGCUUGAAUGGGAUGAACAAUUAAAACAAAAAAAUAGGAAAAUUGUACUUUUAGUUGAUAACUGUACAGCUCACCCUGAGAUUAAACUAAACCAAAUUAAAUUAGUUUUUAUGCCACCGAAUACGAGUUCAAAAUUACAACCGAUGGAUCAAGGUGUAAUUCAUUCAUUAAAGAGCCAUUAUAGGAAAAUUUUACUCGCGCAGAUGAUAGAGGCUAUGGACAACGGAAAAACAUUUUCAGUUAGCAUUUUAGAUGCUGUAAAUUUUAUUCACAUGGCUUGGCAAAAGGUUAGCAAAGAUACAAUAGCAAACUGUUUCAAGCAUGGAGGAUUUUCUGAAAAAAGUGCUGAAUUUGAUGCAGACGAUGAGCUUCCCCUAACAGAAUGGUUAAAAAAACAUGAAGAUGAUCCUGGACUUAUUUUCACAGAUGUGGAUAAUGCAAUUGAAAUUGCAGUGCAAGAGAAAAUCGGGGAAUUUAAUUUUGAAGAAUAUGUGGAAAUUGAUAACGACAUAACGGUAACAGAAAGACUAACUGACGAGCAGAUUAUAGAAUCAGUGACAUCAGUCAUGGCAACAAGUGACGAGGCCGAGGGUGAGGAAAAUGAGUCUGAUGAAGAUGUUGAUGUUUAUGUUCCUUCUCUUAAUGAAAUGGCGCAAAAAAUGGCAGAGACUCGCAACUUUUUAGAAUCGCGCACUGUUCCGGAGCCUAUAUGGAACAGCUUUUGCAACCUCGAACGCUAUAUUAGUGACAUUCACUUUUCUAAUAGAUAUAAAAUUACGACUACGUUUAGAUUUGCUAAAAACACGAUCUGCAAUAGUAGAGACGACUUCCUGAAUCUCAACCACAAAUCAUGGAUAAGGGCUAAGAUUGCAAAAAAACUUGGUAGAGUUGUAUACCUAUGCAGAUUGCAAACGGGACAAUUGUGGAAGAGACACUUGAAUCAAAUUAGGUCGGCAGUUGCAGAAACCGAAAUGUCCGAAGAACAGAUAGAAAAAAACGAUAACAAAUUUGCAUUGCAGAGAUGCACGGGUUUGCCUGUGGGAUCCUAUUUCAGAUCAGAUACUCAUCCGGAAGACAUUCAUCCCAUACCUGGCACAUCAGAGACAACUGCGCCUCCAAACGAUAUUUCAGAUCACGACACCUUAUUACCUCAAAUGACUCAACAACCAUCCAUAUUAUCCCGACCAAAAAGAGAUGUUAAGAUACCUCCAAGAUAUAGACAAUGA